CAUGAUGCCUCUUUGCAAGUCAACUCGUGUGCUCUGUGGCUGAUAGAGGCACCUCGAGCUGAAAUAUUAUAGCUCCAUUGUAUUUGAGAACGUGGUGUGACAGCCCCCGGGUUCAGCAAAUGGUCUGUUUGGUAUCGGUGCACUGACGGGAGAGUAUCGCCAAUUUGGCGAUCAAGCUGGCAGGGCGACACAGAAAUCAACUUUGUAUAUUUUUAAUGGACACGCUUCGAGCGGCGGCAGCGGCAGCGGUGGCGGGCAGUUUGUUUUCCUUUCGUCUUUAUCUGUAGCGGGCUUAAGGAGGCUCCGCGUGAGCCCCCCGUGUGUCCCCUGCUCGUCUGACUACCUCCUACUCGUCCACAAACAGUCCCAUCUAGAACAGCAUGGUCAUGGCUGACACUGUCCAAAAACCGCUGACCCGGGGUCCGGUCCGAGUGGGCUUCUACGACAUCGAGCGCACUUUAGGAAAGGGCAAUUUCGCUGUCGUGAAGCUGGCUCGACACCGCAUAACCAAGACCGAGGUGGCCAUUAAGAUCAUCGACAAGACCCAACUGGAUGCUGUCAACCUGGAGAAGAUCUACAGAGAAGUUCAGAUCAUGAAGAUGCUGGACCACCCCCACAUUAUCAAGCUGUACCAGGUGAUGGAGACGAAGAACAUGCUUUACUUGGUCACAGAGUACGCCAAGAAUGGGGAGAUCUUUGAUUACCUGGCGAAGCAUGGCCGUCUCAGUGAGCUAGAGGCCAGGAGAAAAUUCUGGCAGAUCCUGUCGGCAGUAGAGUAUUGUCACAACCGCAACAUCGUCCACAGGGACCUGAAGGCAGAGAAUCUGCUGCUGGAUGGCCAAAUGAACAUCAAGAUAGCAGAUUUUGGAUUUGGUAACUUCUUCCAGCCCGGGGAGCCUCUGGCCACAUGGUGCGGCAGCCCGCCUUAUGCUGCUCCAGAGGUCUUUGAGGGCCAACAGUAUGAGGGUCCACAGCUGGACAUCUGGAGUAUGGGGGUGGUGCUAUACGUGCUGGUGUGUGGUGCAUUGCCCUUCGAUGGGCCCACUCUGCCUGUACUUCGACAGAGAGUCCUAGAAGGAAGGUUUCGCAUCCCCUACUUCAUGACUGAAGACUGUGAGCACCUGAUCCGCAGGAUGUUGGUCCUUGACCCAUCAAAGCGUCUGUCUGUGGCCCAGAUCAAGGAGCACAAGUGGAUGGUUCUGUACGCUCCUGUACAGAGGCCUGUUCUGUACCAACAGCCCCUGUCUGCUGAGGACGAGGCGGGUGUGGGAGAGUACAGCGAACAGGUCCUUCGUCUGAUGCACAGCCUUGGCAUCGACCAGCACAAGACUGUAGAGUCUUUGCAGAACAAAAGCUACAACCACUUUGCUGCUAUCUACUACCUGCUGGUGGAGCGGCUCAAGGCCCAUCGCUGCAGCUUCCCCGUCGAACAGCGGCUUGACCCCCGUCAGCGACGGCCCAGCACCAUCGCCGAACAGACUGUCGUCAAGUCGAACAGUGGUUCAGCCCAGGUGGGUUUACUCUCGCAGAACGUUCGUCUGUUGCGCUCCCCUGCUGUGCCCCAAGCCUCCUCAGAUGCUUUCACCUUCCCACAGACUGCAUGUUCCCUGGAGCAGAAUUUCAUGGUGGAGGACGUCAACACGCCCAAAGUGAACGGCUGCCUGCUGGACCCCCUGCCUCCCCCUACUGUCCUACGCAAGUCCUCCACCUCGUCGCCUAGCAACAUGAUGGAGAUGUCGAUCGAUGAGGGCAUUGAGACCGAGGAGCCUGAUACAGAGGAUGAUCCAGCCCACCUGCUCUCGGCCUAUCAAACGGCUCGGUUCGGCCAACGGCGGCACACACUCUCUGAGGUGACCAAUCAGCCGGGACCUUCGAAUCAAGGUAAAUUAUUCACUCUAGGCCACAACCCCUCCAUGGGCAGCAUGGACUCGGACAUCGGCUACGACAUGGGCUCCAUGCACAGCGACCUCGGCCUGCUGGAGGAUCCCCCCUCUCUCAGUGAAGUGUUACAAGCCAACAGCUCUGCCCCAGGCGUCACCCCUACACCUUUCUUGAACGCUCGGCCCGCCAACCCAGCAAUGGCCGUCCUGACUUCCCAGCACAGGGAGACGCACAAUCGCUCCCCCAUCAGCUUCAGAGAAGGACGCCGUGCCUCCGACACCUCCCUCACCCAAGGUCUAGUCGCGUUUCGGCAUCACCUCCAGAACUUGGCAAGGACCAAAGGAAUCCUGGAGCUGAACAAAGUCCAGAUGCUGGUGGAGCAGAUGGGCUCCGGGGAAGGGGCCGCCAUGGGCCCCCUGGGACCACACCACCACUUACACAACCUCCUGGAGGGUGAGGCAUCCAGGCAGCAGGAGGGCCUAGCUUUAUACCAAGGUGGGCCCCCUCUUCUGUCCCGCAGACAGAGUUUAGAGACACAAUACCUCACGCAUAGACUACAGGCCAACGUCUUGGCUAACAGUCCUGCUAGCUGCCAGCUUUUCUGUAAGGACACUCGAAGUUUAGAGCAACAGCUGCAGGAACACAGACUGAACCAGAAGAGGAUGUACCUGCAGCAGUCACAGGGCAUGGGGCUGCCGGUCUACUUCAACCAGAUGCAGAUAGAUGAAGGAUCUUACCCGACAGGCAGCCCUGCUCUGGACCCGGGGGCGUCUCACAGUUCCCCUCAGCUCCCCCCCAUGUCAGCCGCCCACCAGCCUCAGCAGCAGGGCAGUCCUCAGGCCUCGCCUCCCUUCAGCCACCCCCAUAGCAUGAGCCCCUUGAUGGAGCCGGGCCAGGGCCUGGUGUAUGAUCCCUACAUGAGCCACCCCCACUACACCCAACACCUGCCCCCUGGAUCUCACCUCCACCACCAGCUCCACCAUCCCAUGCCUCAUGAAGCCUCUGCCAGUGCCCUGGGCUUCAGCUACCCUGCAGGGUGUGAGCAGCAGGCCCUGGGCCCUUCCAUUGAGGGUCUUCACCUCGACCAGUACGAGUUCUUACUGGACCCCGCCUUGUUGCCCCCGCCUGCUCCAGGAGAGGCGGAGGCUGGAGCUGUGGCCGGGAUUUUGGCUUGUCCGGGGCAGUCAGGCGGCCUUGGCCUGCGUGAGCUGCAGGGUUCCCUCCUGGAGGGUGAGAUGAUGGAGACCGUGGACUCCCAGCAUGGCAUUGUACUGGUCAACUAAAGUCAGCUGAGGGUUUAAUAGAAAGCCGUAUUAAGCAAUGAGAACCUACGCAGCAUUAAGAGCAGAGAGAAUGGAGAUAUAAGCGGGGGCCACAAGCGUAGCAACAGGGAAGGAAAAGUGUUCAUUUGUGUACGACUAAUACAAACUUAAUGUCUUAGUGGUGAUGAACUUUAGACAACCUUUCUACCACGAUCCUCCCUUAGCCUACCUCCCUUUCUCCCUCUCCUCCUCUGUUCUCGUUCUCAUCUGCUCUGUGAGGCAGGAACAGGUCCGAUAUGUGGCACAAUGAGAGCUUCGCCGUGCCAACUUGGCGAGGCUGCUGUUGUCACGGAUGUUGUGACACCUGUGAGGACUGCGUCGUGCAGCCCGGCGGGCACUGCACAUCCUGGAGGCUGCCAGAGUGCAGCAUUUCACCUAGAAAAUGUUUGGAAGUGAACUAAUUUAGGACCGACUGUCAGACAACCAUAAGGACAAUGGCUGGCAGUGUUUUUUGUAUUUAAAAUAGGACACCAUCAACAACAAUAGACUGGUUCUCGAAACACUUCUGUGGAUUUUCUUUUCUAUUUCAGUAGAUUAAAAAAACAACUGAACUGAGAAAAUGGCCCUCAUUUAUCAUGGUACCAUAGAUAUCCCUGCAAAUUCAAGUGUUAAAAGUGUUUUUUGUCCAUUUUAUAGAAAUGAUUUUGCACAUUAAUGUGAGUGCAAAGGCCAACGUGAUGGCCGUAUUCAUGAGUGCACAGGUUUCAACACUAACAUAAACAGUACAACAGGUAACUUUUGUUUUCAAACGAAUACCCUAAACAUGUGGAGUUGAGCACCAUGUUGGGGAGUAAAGCACCACUUGUUGAUCUUGUGCUUUUAACAAUGCUAAACUCUCUCCAAGCUUCAAGGUAAAUGAAAAUAAUAGAUAACACAAUUCUGUAGCGGCGGACUUUUGUGUAGGCCACGUGACAUGAAUAAUCAUUUUUGGGUUUUCUUUGCGUUUUUAUAAAUUGUAACUACUGAUCCUGAUUUAUUGCCUCACUACUGAACUGCUUUUCUUCCCGCAUUUAAAUCCGAUUGCACACACUUGCCAGGUCUUAUGAGGAUAAUGACCGGUUUUUGCAGGCAAAAUGGCCACACGGUCUAUUUAACAAUUGCAUUGUGGGUCAUGUGUUUGCCUGAUAAAUGAGGGCUGAUGUAAUUAAUGUGUGUUUGGUUGAGAAGUAGCGUUGUUUUAGACAGUCAAUAUUAUUCUAUUUUUGUGGCAAUACUGAAGCAAUAUUAAUCCUUAAUGUUGAGGGAUUAUGAAUGGAAGCCUCACCUGUACAGCCAACUCUGAUUGGUUCCCGGGGACCUCUGAGUCGUCAGCAGUGACAUCACUUGAGCCGAUGAUGUAACCAGGAGAUAAUCUCUCCCUCACUCGUCCGUGGAAGUGCAGGGACAAACCUGGUGUGUGUGUGUGUGUGUGUGUGUGUGUGUGUGUGUGUGUGUGUGUGUGUGUGUGUGUGUGUGUGUGUGUGUGUGUGUGUGUGUGUGUGUGUGUGUGUGUGUGUCCAUCACAUCAUUUGUCUGAACAAGACAAACACUGUAUUGACGUCUCCAUUCAAAAUAAUAAAAACUGUGCUUUCCCCCUCAGUGCACAGUCGUAGCUUUUAGAUUAAUUCUGGUUUACAUCCUCGAUGCUCCAGUCAUGCCUCUGUGUCGUUUUAAUAAUGAAUCGUAUUUAUAAUAAUUUAAAGAUUCCCUGCAUUAGAUUUCAUGAAAUAAUGUUUUCCUCUCUGAUAUUGGGGACGCUGUGAGACAAAGAUUGUCCGAACAUCCGUCACCUGACACUGGAUUUUGACUACAGGCUCACCGCCGCUCUUUGACUGAGAGAUCUUUUUUUUUUUUUACACACCUACUUUUCAAUUGGAAUAACAGGACAGCGAACGUCAGAGGUUUGAGAUAAGAUUAUUGGACCGUUGUGUCACAGUCCAAUAAUCAUUCAGUGGUCAUGAGUUAAACUGUUCAACGGUUUGUUUGUCAGAUUAGCCUUCAAAACAAGACUGUGGCUCUCAGCCUGUAGAAUAGACGUAGCAGAUAUCUUAGAGUUCACAGUCCGACUCUAAAGUACAGAGCUGGUUUAACUCGGUCUUUAUAGUUGCAGUCUUAAGAUGGCUAGAAAAUGUGGACCAACUGUGUUUGCACUCCUGUUCAAGACUUAAAGGAAAAAUCUACCCUGAAAUACUUUGAACACCGAUCAUUCAACAGCAGGCUUAAUCAGCUGUGAGACGAAGCAUCUGUUGAUUUUCUUUUUCAUUUGUUCAAAGUUGACAAAUCUAGUUUUGUCUGACCAUCGUCAUUUUUAGUAUCGUCAUAUUUCAUUUGACUAAUAAUGAAUUUUUCUCUCAAGUCUAAGAUUUCUUUUGGCACUUUAGUUGAAACGAGACUUAAACAAUAUGUCCUCAAAAUGUUUGCUGACAACAAGCUGUCUACCUGUAUCAGCUCUGCAACAGACUAACAAUUGAUCAAUAUUCUCCAAUUGAACACCAAAGUUUUGACCUCAAGCUCUGAGAGCGAAUGCUUUGUAAGUCACCAUUUAGCAGUGGACAUUUAAAGUCAUAAGGGCAGAGACACUAAUUACUCAGCAACAAUGGCCUUGAUAGACCGGCGUGCGCUGCAGCCAUGUUGCAAAACAGGUCUUGUGGUUGCAUUAAAGGUUCCACCCUAAAAUGUACAAAUGCUGAAUGUUUCUUUGGUUCAUACACCCACAUUUUAUUGACGGGAUCAAGCUCACACCCAGUUUGUGGGUCAUGUUGAAAAAGUGUGUUUUAGAAGAGUGUGAUGCAGGUUCAACAUGGAAUUAUAAUUCUGUGGUUUACAGAAUUAUAAUAGUGUUAUAUAAUAGUGUCUACAUGGCAGUGUAAGAGUGUCAAAGGGUGGAUUUAGCCUUCAAGUGAAUAUUUUUGAUUUUGACAAUGGUCGUGUUAGAACAGCUACAAGUUGAUCUGUGGAAAUUGAAUACUGGAGCACUUUGACAACAAGGGGAAGAAGAGAUGCAGCGAGAGAGGAGGAGGAGGAGGAGGAGGUGAGAAAAGGUUUGUGUCGCUCUGCUGUUUGCUGGCAGAUGAGACAAACCGUGAUCUAUAGGAAACGCCUUUCUCCUCCAAUAAUGGACACAAAACAAAAUGAUUUCAAAGAAAGACCAGACACAGUAACACUUUAUCUGAUUGUUUAUUUUAAUCCAAGAAAGAGAAACGCUUGUCAGUUUACGGCGAGUGUUCUUUGUACAAAUUAGUGGUGCAGUGAAUCUUCGGUGCACCAAGGUGAAUUUUGUGUUGAGCGUGAAAAGUGUUCAGUGUGCCUUUUUACUUUUUUCGUAUUUUCAAUCUAAAUUUAAGAUUUUGAAUAGCAACAUUAUUUCUGUUUGGACCCUUUUUAUCAUUUAUUUGCUCAUGAUUGCUUUUUUUUUCUUUUCUUUUUUCUUUCCAAAAAUCAGUAGAGCCAGGUUUUACAAAGGUACAAAACCAAAGUCCCUCAGAAGUUUCCCUGUACGACCCACCGUGUGGAGUUCUGGAGCUUCUUUGUCAGCUUCUCUACCGUGCUUUUUCUUGUUGGUCAAUCAGUGUAUGCCAUUUAAAAGUAUUAUAGCAAUAUUUCUCUAGUUGAAGACAUGAAGAUUCUAGUGGAUGUGUUUCCAAGUAUCAUAAUUACACCUCCUGCUGAUAAAACAAAAACAUCAAUCUAUAGAAAUCCAGUUUUAUAUUUACCUUCAUUGAUGUUGACCACACAUAAGCUAACUUGCUGUUGAGAUUAAAAAAAGGUUUAUUGAACAUAA